CAGGGAAGCACCUCGUUAGACACGGUCGGGUGUUGUUGCCGAGUAGAGAGCAGCACAGCGGCUGCAUCAUGUCUGUGGCUCCGGGAUGGACGGUGGUAGCGGCGGCCUACGUUUGGGUCGUUUUAGUGACUCUGGCCCGCCAUUAUACAACAGAGAAGUUGGACCAGGGCGGACAUGGAGCCUUGGACACGGUGUUCCCCUUCUCUGGGCCGCCGGUGGAGACAGGCAGCGGCGAUAAAUUUUCCCCAGUCCUGGCGUGGAGGUUUGUCCACGAACUUGGAGAUGGAGGCAAGACGUCAGCAUUUGGGAGUCCUCGGUAUGGCUGUAGUAACGGAUCGCUGUAUAUUCGGUUUUCGCUUGUUCAACAUAAAGACCUGCAGCUGCCUGAUGGGAGGCGAUUGCUGUCCCUGUCCGACCAAUGUCUCGUGACCUUUCGUACAUUUGGGUCGUGGCAACUACUGAAAUUGCCUUAUAAGAGCUGCCAUAAAGUUCUGAGGACAUCCAGAAAGAAGAGAUUUUACCAGCUGAAACUGCGUUACUUUGACCAUUUGCACCAAACAACCCUGACAGGUGUUGCUACUUGUGAACUACCAGUUCCACAACUGCAGCUACCACUGGUGGCAUGCAGAGCAAGGGAUGUUCUUGUAAAAUUGCCUCCAGGAACAGAACUCAAGAGGGUGAAAGCACUAGAUAAAGAUGGCGACAACAAGAAAGUUCUGACAAAUGUCACCAUCUCCGGGGAUCUGUUGGUGCAGAUUCCACUGCUGGCGAAGAAGUACUCUGUUUUUGAAGUACUUUAUAUGAAUUUGGACAAAGACAUGGCCACCACACUGGCAGUUUGUGUCCAACCAACUCAGAACAUACAAGAACGUCAGCGACGGGCAGUGGAGCCUGAUUUUUGGCAGAUGUGGGAUUAUGACGACAUGUACAGUGGAGUAUACAAUCCUGACACGACUGAAACGCCUGAGCCGUGUGAAGAUGAAACCACGACUGAAACAACACGGCCGACUCAGGUGACGUUGUCAGAUGAAGAAAUAUUUGAGAUGUGGGAUUUUGAGGAAAUUCCCGAUGGUCCGUAUACCACAACUGUUGCCCCAACGACAACCACAGCCGUUGCCUCUACCACUACCACUGCUGCUCUAACGACCACCACAGCCCUGCCCUCCACCACUACCCCCGCCGCCCCGACUACCACAACCGUGGCCUCCACCACUACCACUGCUGCUCUGACGACCACAGCCCUGCCCUCCACCACUACCACUGCUGCUCUGACGACCACAGCCCUGCCCUCCACCACUACCCCCGCCGCCCCGACUACCACAACCGUGGCCUCCACCACUACCACUGCUGCUCUGACGACCACAGCCCUGCCCUCCACCACUACCACUGCUGCUCUGACGACCACAGCCCUGCCCUCCACCACUACCCCCGCCGCCCCGACUACCACAACCGUGGCCUCCACCACUACCACUGCUGCUCUGACGACCACAGCCCUGCCCUCCACCACUACCCCCGCCGCCCCGACUACCACAACCGUGGCCUCCACCACUACCACUGCUGCUCUGACGACCACAGCCCUGCCCUCCACCACUACCACUGCUGCUCUGACGACCACGGUGGCUGCCACGACUACUACACCCUCACCCACAGUCGGUCCCACUACUACCGCUGAAGCCUCCGCUGCCCCAACUACUACAGCAGUGGCCUCUACCACCACCACCACCGGCCCUGGCCCUGCCCCCUGAUUCCAUAAAUAACAUUGUCAUUUAUUUUUAAUUUGCCUUUUGUCUUAAAAAAAUAAAGUUUGUAAUUUAUUGACCUUGU